UUAAAGAAGAAGAACAAAAACAAAUUUUUAGCUUCCAUCAUCACAUCACCUACAUACGCAAAAAUAACAAAACAAAAAUAAUUCUCGACAUUCAUCGUCGGCGUUUAUUGUCCUAACUAGAGUAGAAGGAAACAUGGCUCAUAGUCCGUUGGAAAAAAUUCAGGCUCUGGACGGUAUCGAAAAGGAAAUCAUUCUAUGUCUUCAAAGUGCCGGACAAAGUCUACUCGAACUCAGUAAAGAGAAAUCGAGUCAGAAAGCCGCCGAAAACCAUACACAACAAUUCCUAAAGUCACUCAGCACCGUAGAGUCAAAGCUAUCCGAUCAAAUCAAUUAUUUAACUCAAGUAUCCACCGGACAACCGCAUGAAGGUUCCGGUUAUGCCAGUGCUUGUGCACUGCAAAUGGCCUGGCAUCGAAUCCAUCAUGCACGCUCCCGAGUCCGAGAACUGGAAGAAUCGAAAGCGAAAUACUUUCAGGCCGCAAACAGAAAUGCUCAACCAGCCAGAACAAAUGGUACGGCGAAUAAUACUACCGCUGCACCGACACCACCGGCUACCACUGGCAGUGGAAUAAUUUGAAUAUAUUUUUUUGCGAUUAGAGAGAAACAGUUUGCGAUUCGUUGGAUAAA